AAUGAUGGGACACUAUUCCUCACUCUGACACCAUUGAUGGGGCACUAUUCCUCCCACUGACACCAAUGAUGGGGCACUAUUCCUCCCACUGACACCAAUGAUGGUGCCCCAACAUUAGUGUCAGUGUGUGAGGAAUAGCGCCCCAUCAUUGGUGUCAGUGGGAGGAAUAGUGCCCCAUCAUUAUGGGGCCCAGUGGGAGUAAGCAAUGCCCAAUCUUUGGUAAUAGGGGGAGAAAUAGUAUCAGUGAGAAUAGUGCCCCAUCAUUGGUGUCAGUGGCAGGAAUAAUGCCUCAGGGGCCAGAUAAAGUCAAGCAAAAGGGCCGCAUC